GAUCCCGCUUUGAAAUUCCUCUGUUUUUUUAAUCUCUCAAAAUGGGAUCCAGAAUCGAAGAAGGUACAAUGAUUUCUCCUUCUCCUUCGUUUUAGAUUUCUGACUCCAAUCGUUAGGAAAAUCCGUUGAGGAAUUAGAAAACGUGUGAUAUUAGGGUUAGGUCUUGAAAUAUCUCUUAUGGUGUUUUUUGAAUUUCUUCAAUGGAUUUGUGUUUACGUGAUAUACAAACAAACAUUGUGUACGCAGAGAAGGAACUGGAACCAGAUAUGGAGAAGGGUUUGGCGACGGAUCCAGCGAGUCCUACAGGGAGUACUGUAGCGGACCUGUCGCCAACUCCAACCCCAAGGAAGACUCUGGUUCUGUCCAAUUCUGGCAAGGCUUUAAUGGUGUCGAAUUCGAGCAAGUCCUUGGGACUUUCGAAUUCGGGGAAACGGUUUGAUCCAACGGGGAAAAAGAAGUAUGUGAAACAAGUCACCGGCCGCCACAACGACACCGAGCUUCACCUAGCUGCUCAAAGAGGAGACUUGGCUGCUGUUAAGCAGAUUCUUAGUGACAUUGAUUCUCAGAUUACUGGUACCAUUACCGGAGCUGAUUUCGAUGAAGAGGUAGCUCAAAUAAUGACAUCGGUAGUAAACGAGGUGAAUGAGUUGGGGGAGACACCGCUUUUUACAGCAGCAGAGAAAGGAAACAUAGACGUUGUCAAAGAAUUGUUGCGUUACACGACCACAGAAUCUCUUAUGCAGAAGAAUCUUUCUGGAUUCGAUGCUUUACACAUUGCUUGUAGUCAAGGCCAUCGAUCUAUUGUCCAGUUAUUGCUUGAGCAUGAACCUCAACUGUAUCGAAUGGAAAAAAACGCGCUUCACCUUGCUGCACGUCAAGGUCAUGUAGAUAUUGUAAGAACGUUGCUCGAUAAAGAUCCGCAGUUAGCAAGACGAACAGACAAGAAAGGCCAAACGUCUUUGCAUAUGGCUGUCAAAGGAGUUAGCUCACAAGUCGUGAGGUUGCUCCUUCGAGCUGAUCCGGCUAUUGUCAUGCUUCCUGAUAAGUUCGGUAACACCGUGUUGCAUAUUGCUACACGAAAGAAAAGAGCAGAGAUUGUGAAUGAGCUGUUACAACUUCCGGAUACAAACGUGAAUGCGCUAACAAGAGACCAUAAAACCGCAUACGACAUCGCUGAAGGACUCACGCAUUCAGAAGAAACUGCAGAGAUCAAAGAGAUAUUAUCACGUUGCGGCGCACUCAAAGCCAACGAACUAAACCAGCCAAGAGAUGAGCUGAGAAAAACCGUGACCGAGAUCAAGAAAGACGUUCACACGCAGCUCGAACAAACCCGAAAAACCAACAAAAACGUUGAUGGGAUCGCCAAGGAGCUAAGGAAACUCCACAGAGCUGGAAUCAACAAUGCGACCAACUCAGUAACCGUCGUGGCAGUUCUCUUCGCCACGGUUGCGUUUGCCGCCAUCUUCACGGUUCCAGGAGGUGACGACGACCACGGUGUGGCCGUGAUGGUCCACGCAACAUCUUUCAAGAUAUUCUUUAUAUUCAACGCGAUCGCGCUCUUCACUUCGUUAGCAGUAGUUGUCGUGCAAAUCACGCUUGUAAGAGGAGAGACUAAAACGGAGAGACGUGUGGUGGAAGUAAUAAAUAAGCUGAUGUGGCUCGCCUCUGUCUGCACCACCGUGGCAUUCAUUUCCUCAUCGUACAUUGUGGUUGGUCGGAGAAACAGAUACGCGGCCGUUGUGGUAACGGUCAUAGGAACUGUGACGAUGGCCGGAAUUUUGAGUAUAAUGACAUAUUAUGUUGUGAAAUCGAAGAGGACGAGGAAAGUAAGGAAGAAGGAGAAGAAGAAAUUUGCUAGAAAUGGGACGAGUUCGUGGCAUCAUACGAAUCCAUCCGAGACUGAAUCGGAGGUUAAUCCAAUUUACGCAAUCUGAUCGUUGUGAUGAUGAUAAUCCAUGGAAAUUUGUAUUUGUUUUUUUUGUUUCUUGAUCUAUGUAAGUGUAGUGUUUUAUAUAUUUUUUUGGCCGAAGAAAAAAGUCGAACUAUG